AGUUAUUUUUCGGUUACGUGCUACUUUAUGGCUGUACAUAGAACAUACCAAAUCCAUCCAAUAUGGCGGCGGCUGCUGCUGGAAAAUCAACCCACUGCGGAAACGAAAUAAAAACACAGUUUUGUACAAAAGAGGGAUUGUAUAAGGCACUAAAAUUAUCAGAGUACUCGAAGCCUAUUCGACUGGCAAAUAACACACCAAAUAAUGUUCCUGUCCGUUUAUCGUUUGUAACAAUAAAAGGCAGUGCUGAUGAAGAAUGUGAAGAUAAAAUAGUUUUUAAUGUUGGUCGUGAUAUGUUUUUAUAUAAUUUUAGGGGCAGCAACAAGGCUCCUGAUAUGAAUCAUCCAAUUGACAGGCGUACAUACAAAGGUCCUCAACCAACAUGCCAUGACAUUAACAUGAUGACACGCACACCAACAAGUAUUGAUUUAUUGAUUGGAUUUACUGCAGGACAAAUACAGCUAAUGGAUCCUCUUCAACAUCAAUGUAGAAAAUGUUUCAAUGAUGAGAGGCUGAUAGAGAAAGGGGCUGUAACAUGUGUCAAAUGGAUUCCAGGAAGCGAAUCAAAAUUUCUUGUAUCGUAUAACAAUCCGAACAUUUAUAUUUACGACAAAAAUUUUAAUUCAUUAAUAACCGAGCCUCAACUGACUACAGUGAAGAGAGGCAAUGGAUAUACUAUCGAAGUUUGUAAAAAUAAACAAGACACUAAUCCAAUAUGUCGCUGGAUAGUCGGCAAGGAAGGUGUCAACGAGUUAGCUUUUUCCCCGGACUGUAAACAUUUAGCUGUCGCUAGCCAAGAUGGUUAUUUGCGUGUUUUCGAUUUUGAAAAACAAGAACUAAUUGGUAGUAUGAGAAGUUAUUUUGGUGGAUUACUGUGUGUCUGUUGGAGCCCUGAUGGAAAAUAUAUAGUCACAGGCGGAGAAGAUGAUUUAAUUACAGUUUGGUCAUGUCUCGAGGAGCGCGUUAUAGCAAGAGGAGAAGGUCAUCGGUCUUGGGUCAAUGUUGUUGCGUUUGAUGCCCAUAUGACGCAAGUCGGUGAUUGCAGAGCUGACAGCGAUGACGAGGACUACCACAGCAGUUCAUCGCACGGUCACCACAACAAAACUAAUACACCACGCGCGACAGAACGGAGUAUUGUUUCGUACAGAUUCGGUUCUGUCGGCGAUGAUACUCAACUGUUGUUGUGGGAGAUUGGCGAGGACGUGUUGAAGCCACAGAGAGUAAGGACCCGUAGCACUAGAACGUCUACAUUGAACUCUAACGCGGUUGCUUCUAUACAGCCUGUGUGGACGCACAACAGCGGUAAUUCAGUACGGUUACACAAUAAACAUGACAUUUCGAACCAUCGCGGAGGAGCGACAAGUGGAAAGUAUAAUACAUUAAAUAAACUCACGUCUAAACAUCAGAAUUCGGUAUCACAUUUCACCCCUGUGGUGGAGAAAGAUGAUUUAAUAUUAGGCUCGAAAAUUUGUCCUCGUAUGAGCGACAUGGAAACAUUAGAACCGUUAGUUGCGAAGAAAAUCUCUUGUGAUAGACUUAGUGCUUUAGUUUUUAGGGAGGAUUGCAUAGUGACGGGGACCUACGAAGGACAUAUUUAUGUAUGGGCGAGACCAGAUGAUCGGACUGGAAAAGAUGGUAGCAAACUAAUCCAAUGACGUCAUGUGGUCUAGAUAUUUGUUCGAUAAUUUACCCGAAUCUCUGGUUUUGGUAGUUUCUUCGGUAAAUUAUCACGAAUCUAUUUCUAUUUCUCUAGAAAUUGUUUAUUUAAGUCGCUCUAAGUACUUACAUAAUGAGUUGGAGACAGAAAAACCUACUAUAAAUUAAUUGGAAAUUAAUCGAAAAUCAAUCAAUAUAAGUUUUUUUCAACAAUAGAAUUGCUGACGUGGCAUUGUUUUUUAGAAUCUUUAGAUUAACUAUUUUUCAUAGAUCCGCUGCAAAAAAAUAGGUAGUAUAAGGACUUGAAAAAUAAGCCAAUCUCCCCACCCCCUAUUCCCUUGAGCAUCUUUAAUCAAUAAACCAUUUCAAAAGUUUUUUAGUUUGUUAAUCUGCAUAUUUCAUAAAUUUCUACGCCCCGUUGCGAAUUUUUGUCUAAUCCCGAUUAUAACAUCUUUAAGUCAGUUGCUCUGUCCAGUUCUCGGAGUUUCUCAAAAUUGGAAUUGUUGCGCAAACAUCUGCCACUGUAAGUUUGUGCGGUUUACUAUAUCGACUAGCAUUGAUAUUUUCAUAAUUGGAACAGCGAGUCCUCUGUUCUCAUUUUUUUGGUUUUCAAAGAAGACUUAUUUAAUAUUAUAUUUUUAAAAGUAGGCACGUUUUUAUGAACAACAGAAAAUAAACUUUUGUUAUUUAUCAGGAUGAAUAUGUUUCUUUAAAGAAAUAGUGAGAUAAAUGUUUUUCACGUCAUUUUUAAACCACGCGGACGAAAUAUUCUGGAUCAAUAUCUUUUUUCACAAUGGCGCUUCAUGCUGAGUUUUUUUUACAAUCGCGCUCUAUGCUGAGUUUUCUUUUGUUUUUUCACAAUGGGUCUUGUGGUGACGUAUUUCGUGCUUCUUUACAUUUGCUCUUCCUAAAGAUUUCCGUCCUUUUUAUCAUAAUGGCGCUGAAUGAUCAGUUUUAUUUCACAAUAGCUAUAAUGGUGAGAUUUUGAGGGGUUUUUUUGUCGCUUUAUAAUAAUUUCCAAUAUACGAUACUCCUUCCUUUAAGGUCAAAUGCUUUCUUUCGUUAUCAUGCCUGAUAGUGAAGAUUUAUUUAAAUAGAUUUAUUAUUUUCUAUCAAAAUCUGUAAUUGGAAUGUUUUGCUAUUAUAUAUCCGUUAUAAAUUUCUGUUGUUUAAUAAAGAUGCAAUAAUAUUUUGUAGUAAAAUACCUUAUAUAGGUU